AACUCAAGACUUAUUUUUUGCCUAAGGAUUCGAUUUUUUUAUUGUCACCCUAGUAAACACUUACUGAAAUUCGGUAUUGCAGUUCAUUAAUGUUCAUCGUACAACCGAAAUUCGGUAAAAUUUUGUUCAUUUUGACAAAUGGUUUACCGAUCUAAAUUUUACCGAUUUUUGAACUAUCGAAUUCGGUAAAAAAAUUCAAGUGUGUAAGUUACAUUUUGUGUCCCGAUUUGUUCUACUUCUCGUUGAUUGGUGAGGUCGAUGCGAGAUGGGUAUGCUUUCCUCGUGGACUUGCUCUUAAAUACACUUUUUUUUUGUAGAUUUUAAAUAAUAUUACAAAAUCAACCGGCCAAAUGUUGCGGGUUUUGUUCCACAAGCAGAAGAUUCGGGGAUCAAAUACCGGUCAGUUGCCUUGAAAUUUGGAAUAAGGAAUUGAGCGUAAAAUAUGAACAAAAUUAGACAAUUGUUAGAUUUCUGAAUAAAGCUGACAUUUUCAAACGCUCAUAUUUUAAAUGUUGGCUGUAAAUUAAUGUUUACCACCUUUAACAAAAAUUCCAUAAUAACAGAUAUCUAGGUUAGAUAGUUCUAAACCACCAUUUUUUCAGAAAGCAGGUUUCAUUGUCCAAAUUCAUCUGCACACAAACCAUCUCAUAGCUUAACCGAUCUCAAUCCGCAUGUGCAGAAAGUAAACUACCACGUUCAGCGGAGAUCAACGCUUCGCGCAAACAACAUCGGUUGGAUAGUUUAGUACUAAACGCGACGAGCAGGCGUGCGCUGCUUGCUUCCGAAAAUUGAAAUUUCCUCAACGAAUUACUCAUCCUUGAGAGAUUUUUGGCGCACAGGAAGUUUUUACGUAAUAAAUAUUAUUCGAACAUUUUCAUAACGCACAAUGCUGCGGUUGAUGUUUAGUCGGGCCCAAGUGUUCCUCAACCGGUAUCCAGUGGCUCGGGGGAUGGUCACGUACAGUUUCCUAUGGCCCACCGGAUGUCUCAUUCAGCAGUCUCUCGUCGGAACGCACUGGAGGGACUACGACUGGACGAAAUGCUUUCGGUUUUUCGUGUAUGGAGGAUUCAUCGUUGCGCCCUCACUUUACUGUUGGAUUCGGCUGGCCUCCAUGAUGUGGCCCGCCCAAACGCUCCGAUCGGCGAUAGCGAAGGCAGUUACCGAGCAAAUUAGUUAUACACCGUUGGCGAUGAGCCUUUUCUACUUUAGUAUGAGCUUGCUCGAGUCCAAAACGGUUAAGGAAUCGUUCGCCGAAGUCAAAGCCAAAGUGCCACCAACGUACAAGGUUGCCAUCUGCAUCUGGCCUUUACUUCAGACGUUCAAUUUUUCUGUUGUGCCGGAAAAGAACCGCGUUCCCUUUGUCAGCAUGUGCAGUUUGCUGUGGACGAUUUUUCUCGCCUACAUGAAACAACUGGAGCUGGAAAAGCUCCAACAGAGCAAGUCGCUUAUUCCAAAGUAACGUUUUAAUGUUUUUAGGUUUUGUAUGAAUAGUUUGUAAACUUACGUAAUUAUGUCUAAUAAAACGUUCACGACUCAUUCA